AAGGCUGGACAAACCCCAAUUACUAGGUCUCUAGACUCUCUACGCGUUCCCCCCUCUGGCGAUAACCCGUUUCGUGUUUUGGGCAGACAUAGGCCACAACAACCCCUGCUUCGAUUCUCUCCUGCUCCUGCAACCACCACACACAACGACUCCCUUCUCCGCUUUCUCUCUUCCACACCUUUCAUUCUUCCUCCGGAUUCCUUCUCCCUUCUCUCCCGGCAACGGCAACGACGCCAACCACCUCUUCUUCCGGAUACGACGUUAGCUUCUCUUCUGCCCUUUAAUUUUCUUUUCCUUUACCCAAUCCUGUUAUUAUAGUGUUCAAAACACGAAUGGCGACGUUCAGAAGGGCUGUACUCAAAGCUCAUCAAGUUCUGUACCUGAAACCCUCCUCCACCGUUUUCAGAAGCAAAUCGAUGCCCCUUUUGCCUACCGCUUAUAUAUUGUUGGAGAAUCUACAAGGGCGAUUACCAAAUCACAAUCAGAAUCAACAUGGUUGUUUCUUUAGUUUUCGUUGCUCUUCUACGACUGUAAAUCCUUUGUUCACAGAUAUCGAUCUCUCAGAUGAAGAGAGCAAGAGGCGUUUGUUCAAUAGGUUGCUGUACCGGAGCAAACAACGGGGGUUUUUGGAAUUGGAUUUGGUACUUGGAAAAUGGGUAGAAGAUCACAUCAAUUCCUUGGAUGCAGAUGGUAUUAGAGCUCUAAUUAAAGUUCUUGACCUGGAAAAUCCAGAUCUAUGGAAGUGGUUAACCGGGCAAGAGCAACCCCCUGAAGCCGUGAAGACAAAUCCUGUAUUUACUGAUGUGCAAGAGAAGGUGAUGAACAAUCUCAACAAACAUGCCUCACCCGAGACACGAACACCGCCUGGGCAACAAUGGGUAAGGGGUUGGGAUGAUUUCAAGAGAGGUCGGGAUGGCCCCAUAACAGGAAACCAGUAGCUCUAUCUUCCAUUAAAGAAUUUUAUGUUAUAAUUAAGUACUAAAGUUUCUCAAACUUGUUUGUUACGAACGGUGGGCUGUGAAUAAGUUUCCCAUCAAGUCUGUCCCCUCUAAACCCUUGGGAUCUAUAGUGAAAUAAUGGCUGUUUUUGUUUCUUUCACAUACAUUCACCAAAUAAUUCAUCAUUUCCAAGUGCUUGCCACCAUGGCUAGCUUGCAUUUCUUUAUAGUUUGUACUUGAUGUAAUAAGCUUUGUAUUAAUUUUAUAGUUUGCAUUAGUAUUACGACCUUCAA